AUGGCGGAGAGUAAAAUUAAAGCAAAGGGUGAGAGUAAUGACAAAUCAGCGGGGAAGCAAGUUUUGGAAGUUGACGAAGCAACUUUAAAAGGUAAGGAGACUUAAAAAUGGUGAUAUUGAAGGCUUUCUGCCAAAAGGCCUUCCUACCAAAUAAACAACAAUCCUGAAAUAUGCGACAUUGAAAUUUUCUAACGUCAUAUUUCAAACAGCCUGCGUACCUUCAAUACAGGCGAAUCUUUGUUUACAUUUUCUGCCUCAUUAACAUAUGCUCAUCAUUAUCCGAUGAAGCUAAUAAAAUAAAACCCUGAAAAUUGAAAAAGUAUAACAAUUUCAGUUAUCUCUGAAAAUUAAGCCCGAUAAACCGAAUGGUUUCGGAGAAAUUCUCCUUUAAAAACUAGAAAUUUCUCAAAGAAUGUAUUAGAUGGCUCAUUAACUUUUUUGCCACCCAGCAAUUUCGCAGUUUUAGAUGACUGAUAUUUCCUUCAACAUUGCUUUUAAUAAGCAGAAAAUUUCACAAAUUGUUUUAGUUAAUCAGCUAUUUCAAUUUUUGAAUUUAGUUGGUAUAUUCGGCCACAGCUUCUUUGUGUUAAGUCGUCCGCUAAUCCGGAAAAAUGUAAACAAUGACGUCAGCAAAGAUUCGUCUUUACAGCGUGCAGACGGGCUAUACUAACGGGUCAGCUGAACGGAGAUUGAAUUUGAACUCAACAAGUGAAACAACCUGCCUAAAAAAAACCCCCAAAUCUCUAUUUCAACACGGUAAAAAUUCAUCAGGUUUUUUUUGGUACAAUAUACAAAAAAUAUACAAAGUAAACGAGUAAAGAAUGCAUUAAGCUCCCUUUGGUACACUAAUAAUAUUCCCGAUAUUUCAUUUGAUUCAUUUUUAGCAAUAGCAGAGGUGUUCAAUAAUGAAGGUAAUGAAGCAUACAGUAAAGAAGAUAACAGCAAUGCCCUUUACUUUCAUACGGAGGGAAUUAAAGUGAACUGCAAGGACGAAGAACCCCUUGCUGAACUGUACGGUAACAGGGCGGAAAAGACGACUUUCAAAUGUUCAAAGUUUACCGGCAUAUUAAAAUACGUAUGCUUACGAUUGUCCAGACAAGGGUACAGUCGACUCUCUAUUAACGGACACCUCUAUAAGACGGACACCUCUGUAAAAUGGACACAUAGAGUUGGUCCCUGCCUUUCUUUACUCCCUUUAUUUGACUCUCUAUAAGACGGACAUCUCUCUAAGACGGACACUUAGUGCCGGUCCCAAAGAUGUCCGUGUUAGAGAGAGUUCACUGUACAUGCCAUGCAGUACAUUUCAAAUGUUCUUUUUCGCCAUGACUAUCAUAACAACGUUUAAAAGAUUUUUUUACUCUUUCUUUGUUCAUUGACUGUUGAAAAAAAAAAAGAUUCAUUUCGGGUAGGUGGAGAAGGGUGGAAGUACAAGAUUUGAGCAAUCAGCAUAAAUACGUCUGUAUCACAUCAUGGCUCUCCUGAUUUACGUUAUUACGUAUUUACACAAUUUCAGGUGAUUUCCCAAAAGAAAACGAUUUCCUUCAGAAGGAUGUCAGUACCGCAAAAGAGAUUGAAAAUAAAAGAUCAGAAGGAAUGGGUUACAUCAAGCUUGGCUGUGUGUGUCGUGACUCUCGCUGUGAUUUCAGAAAAGCAAUCGAGUUCAAUCAGCAAGGUCUAGUUAUCGCUAAGGAGGUCGGAGACAAAGAGUUAGAAGGAAAGGCGUAUGGGCACCUUGGUCAUGCGUAUUCUUCUCUUUGUGAUUUCCCAAAAGCAGUCGAGUUCUAUCAGAAGGAGGUCAGUAUCGCAAAAGAGAUUAAUAAUAAAGAAUCACAAAAAGAGGGAUACAUCAAGCUUGGCGUUGUGUACUGUGACGACCUCGGUGAUUUCAGAAAAGCAAUCGAGUUCUUUCAGCAAGGUCUAGCUAUCGCUAAAGAUGUCGGAGCGAAAGAAUCAGAAGGAAGGGCGUAUUGGAACCUUGGUAUUGCGUAUUCUUCUCUCUACGAUUUCCCAAAAGCAAUCGAGUUCUAUCAGAAGAAUGUCAGUAUCUCAAAAGAGGUUGAAGAUAAAAAAUCAGAAGAAAAGGGAUACAUCAACCUUGCCUGGGUGUAUUCCUCCCGUGGUGAUUACAGAGAAGUAAUUGAGUUCUAUCAGCAGGGUCUAACUAUCGCUAAAGAGGUCGGAGACAACGAGGCAGAGGAGAGGGCGUAUUGGAAGCUUGGUGGUGGGUAUGCCUCUCCCCAUGAUUUCCCAAAAGCAGUCGAGUUCUAUCAGAAGGAGGUCAGUAUCGCAAAAGAGAUUUAUAAUAAAGAAUCACAAAAAGAGGGAUACAUCAAGCUUGGCGUUGUGUACUGUGACGACCUCGGAGAUUUCAGAAAAGCAAUCGAGUUCUUUCAGCAAGGUCUAGCUAUCGCUAAAGAUGUCGGAGCGAAAGAAUCAGAAGGAAGGGCGUAUUGGAACCUUGGUAUUGCGUAUUCUUCUCUCUACGAUUUCCCAAAAGUAAUCGAGUUCUAUCAGAAGAAUGUCAGUAUCGCAAAAGAGGUUGAAGAUCAAAAAUCAGAAGAAGAGGGAUACAUCAACCUUGCCUGGGUGUAUUCCUCCCGCGGUGAUUACAGAGAAGCAAUUGAGUUCUAUCAGCAGGGUCUAACUAUCGCUAAAGAGGUCGGAGACAAACGGACAGAGAACAUGGCGUAUUGGAACCUUGGUGGGUCUCUUUAUGAUUUCCCAAAAACAAUCGAGUUCUAUCAGAAGAAUGUCAGUAUCGCAAAAGAGAUUGGAGAUAAAGAAUCAGAAGGAGACGGAUACAUCAACCUUGGCGUUGUGUACUGUGACGACCUCGGUGAUUUCAGAAAAGCAAUCGAGUUCUUUCAGCAAGGUCUAGCUAUCGCUAAGGAGGUCGGAGACAAAGAAUCAGAAGGAAGUGCGUAUUGGAACCUUGGUAUUGCGUAUUCUUCUCUUUAUGAUUUCUCAAAAGUGAUAGAGUUCUAUCAGAAGAAUGUCAGUAUCGCAAAACAAGUUGAAGAUAAAAAAUCAGAAGAAAAGGGAUACAUCAACCUUGCCCGGGUGUAUUCCUCCCAUGGUGAUUACAGAAAAGCAACUGAGUUCUAUCAGCAGGGUCUAACUAUCGCUAAAGAGGUCGGAGACAAAGAGACAGAGGAGAGGGCGUAUGGGAAGCUUGGUGGUGCGUAUGCCUCUCUCUAUGAUUUCCCAAAAGCAAUCGAGUUCUAUCAGAAGAAUGUCAGUAUCGCAAAAGAGAUUGGAAAUAAAAAAUCAGAAGAAAUGGGUUACAACUGGCUUGGUUGUGUGUACUGCGACGACCUCGGUGAUUUCAGCAAGAACUAGCUAUCGUUCAAGCGUUUGAAGAAAUAAGGGAUCUCCAAAACAAAGAUGAAUGGAAAAUCAGGUUUCACGAAGGAUAUGAAGUUUAUUCUUCUUUAUGGUGUCCUCUUUUAGCAAAAGGCAAGAUCACCGAGGCACUUUUUACAGUUGAACAUGCACGAGCACGAGCUCUCAGGGGCCUUAUGGAAUCAAACUAUGGAGUGAAAUCGGCCCCGUCAUCUUCGGAAGACCUAAUAGAAAGAAUGUCUCGUAUUUCAAGCCAUAAUUCAUCAUCAACGAUAUUUCUUGCGGAACGCUACGAGACGUUGAAUUUCUGGGUACUACUGAAGGGACAGCAGUGUCAGUUUGUGCGAAAAGAAAUCAAUCAGACCUUGACCAGUUUGAAGAACGAAACAUACAAACAAAUUGGUGUGAGAGGUUUCAGAUGCGAGGAACGCUUCUUGGACGAUCCUUUAGAUGAAGAGAAGAAAGGGUUGCCUGAUAGGGCUAGUACAGAAGAGAAAGAAUCAACGUCAUCGCAAGAAGAUUUAAAAGCAUUGUCUGACGUAGUGAUCGCUCCGAUUUCACACUUGAUAAAAGGUGACGAGCUUAUCAUUGUCCCCGAUGGUCCAUCUUUUUUGAUUCCUUAUGUUGCCCUUGUAGACCAACAUUCCAGAUUUUUGUCUGAAACGCUGAGAAUUCGCAUGGUCCCAUCGCUAAGCAUUUUAAUGCUUUUGGAAGAGUGUCCGGAAAAGUAUCAUAGUACAUCUGGUGCACUGCUGGUUGGAAAUCCGUGGGUGGAAACUGUGCGCCUUAAAGGCUGCAGACCGUUUCCGCAGCUCCCUGGUGCCGAGGAAGAGGUAAAAAUGAUUGGACAGAUACUUAACACUGAGCCCCUCACUGGAAAGAAUGCCACAAAAGAUCAAGUGUUAAGCAGGCUCAACUCAGUGUCCUUAGUCCACAUUGCAGCUCAUGGUCAUCAAGAAACCGGUGAAAUUAUCUUGUCUCCCAAUCUUCCUGGUUCCAAAAGGCCCAAAGAGGAAGACUUUCUUUUGACGAGGGCAGAUGUAUUAAACGCCAAAUUGCACGCCAAGCUUGUUGUCCUGAGCUGCUGUAACAGUGGGAGGGGGGAAAUCAACUCAGAGGGCGUGGUUGGAAUUGCACGUGCCUUUCUGGGAGCCGGUGCGCGUUCUGUUAUUGCUUCACUGUGGGCAAUUGACGACAAGGCCACUCUGGCGUUUAUGGAAGUCUUUUACGAGCAUUUAGCGGCAGGGCAAAGCGCAAGUACGUCCCUCCACCAAGCCAUGAAAUGGAUGCGAAAGUGUAAACUUUUCAUGGCUGUGAAGCAGUGGGCGCCAUUUAUGCUGAUUGGCGAUGACGUGACAUUGACUCUGGGCCAACAGAGGUGA